AUGGAUCGGCUGCUUGUGCGACCUGGACCGGACAACUUCCAUCUGUUUACACCCGAGUCACUCAAAGCCAUCGAAAAGCGUAUUGCAGAAGUUAAGCUGCAUGCCGCAGCUGACAAGAGCCAGAAUGACCGAAACCCCAGUAGGGACCUGGAGGCAUCGAAAACACUACCCCUUAUUUAUGGGGAGGUUCCCAAAGACAAGGUGUCCACCUUCCUGGAGGACAUUGACCCUUACUAUUACAAUGAGAAGACCUUUAUAGUGCUGAACAGUUCAAGAACCAUCUACCGAUUCAAUGCCACUGCUGCCUUCUACAUUUUAAGUCCUUUCUGUCCUCUGAGGAGAAUAUCAGUGAAAGUUCUUGUACAUCCAUUGUUCAGUGUGCUGAUCAUGUGCACUAUAUUGCUCAACUGUAUCUACAUGGCUCUUAACAGCUCCCACAAGAUCGUAGAGUGGGUGUUCACUGGAAUAUAUACUUUUGAAGCAUUGAUAAAAAUGCUAGCCAGAGGCUUGUGUGUGGGGAAAUUCACCUAUUUCAAAGAUCCAUGGAACUGGUUGGAUUCCAGUGUGAUCAUCAUGGCGUAUGUACCAGAGCACAUACUGGGCAGCGUCUCUGCUCUUCGUGCUUUCAGAGUUCUUAGAGCUUUGAAAACUAUUUCAGUAAUCCCAGGCCUAAGGAUGAUAGUAGGAGCCUUUAUUCAGUCACUGAAGAAGCUGGCAGAUGUGAUGAUCCUCACGGUCUUCUGCCUCAGCGUGUUUGCAUUGAUCGGUCUCCAGCUCUUCAUGGGCACCCUUCUGCAGAAAUGUGUACGUCUGCCCGACAACACUUAUCUAAACGACAAGGGACACGUGAUCAUGCUCACAGACAACAGCUCCUGGAUGAACAUGACGCAACUGAAAGCCCAUUUUGAAAAUGAAGCAAACUUUUACAAGGUCCCAGGGAAAAAUGAAUCCCUUCUCUGUGGAAACAGCACCGAUGCAGGGAAAUGCCCAGACGGUUAUGUCUGUCUCAGAGUAGGGAAAAAUCCAGACUAUGGCCAUACAAGCUUUGACAACUUUGGGUAUGCUUUCUUGUCCCUGUUCAGACUGAUGACUCAGGACUACUGGGAACGUCUGUAUCAGCAGACCCUUAGGGCCGCAGGGAAACCCUACAUGUUAUUCUUUGUACUCGUGAUCUUCCUGGGCUCCUUCUACUUGAUCAACCUGAUUCUAGCUGUGGUUGCCAUGGCGUAUGACGAGCAGAACCAGGCCAUCAUUGCUGAAACACAGCUAAAAGAAGAAGAGAUGCAGGAGAUGCAGAUCAUGCUGGAGGAGCAAGAGAGGCUGGAAGAAGAAGCAGCCAAGCAAGAUUUAGCUGCUGUUAACGGGAAUGGAGAGUUCAGCGGAAGGAUAACCGAGUCAUCAUCUGAAGCAUCUAGACUCAGCUCCAAAAGUGCCAAAGAACGACGCAACCGCAGAAAGAAGAGAAGACAAAAGGAAGAGGAAGAAGGUGAGGAGGAAAAAAGAGAUGACGAGAAGCUCCCCCAGUCUGAGGCGGAAAUCGGUAUGACCUACCCAAGUUUUUCCACCAGUUAUGGAUACAGAGCACGUGCGUUCUCAUGCAAGUGCAGGCGGGACAGAGAGAGCAGAGACAGCGUUUUCAGCUUCAGGCCGCGAAACUUGGUCUCAGAUAAUGGCUUCGCCGAUGACGAGAACAGCACUUAUGAGGACAUGGGGAGUCGACGGAGCUCUGUCUUUCUGCCGCCGAAGUCAGAGCGUCACAAUAGCACUGUCAGCCAAUCCAGUUUGCCAGCCCAUUUCCUUAGGUCAGCCAAUGGCAAGAUGCGCUGCUCUGUCGACCACAAUGGCGUUGUGUCCUUGGUCGGUGGAAACUCGUUGCCCGCCACUCCUGUUGGGUUGGCCCUACCUGAAGGUACUGCUACGGAGUCAGAGUACAGCAGGCCAAGGUAUGGCUCUUACCGGCACUCUAUGGACUUCCUGGACAAGCCGGUAGCAAGGCCAAGAGGAAUGAGUGUGGCCAGCAUUAUGACCACAAGAGAGGAGGACUGCAAACAAAAGUGCCUUUCCUGCUGGUAUAAAUUUGCCAGAAUUUAUCUGAUCUGGGACUGUUGCCCUGCAUGGAGAAAAAUUAAGAAGGCUGUCCACAUGGUUGUGAUGGACCCUUUCAUGGAUCUAACCAUCACUAUAUGUAUUGUAUUAAAUACAUUGUUUAUGGCUAUGGAGCACCAACCAAUGAAUCAAAAAUUCAGUAACGUACUAUAUGUGGGAAACCUGGUUUUCACAGGUAUCUUCACAGCUGAAAUGUGUUUCAAAAUCAUCGCCCUGGAUCCUUAUUAUUACUUCCAAAUGGGCUGGAAUAUAUUUGACUCUCUCAUUGUCUGUUUGAGCUUAACAGAGCUUGGUUUGCCUAAUUUUUCUGGAAUGUCUAUUCUGAGAUCGUUCCGACUGUUGAGGGUCUUCAAAUUGGCCAAGUCAUGGCCUACCCUGAACAUGCUGAUUAAGAUUAUCGGCAACUCUAUAGGAGCUCUGAGCAACCUCACCAUUGUCCUGGGCAUCGUUGUCUUUAUCUUCGCUGUCGUGGGCAUGCAGCUUUUCGGAAAGGAAUAUGAAUACAACGCUACCAAAAUUUCACCAGACGGUUACCCACGGUGGCACAUGAAGGAUUUUCUCCACUCCUUCCUAAUCGUGUUCCGCGUGCUGUGCGGCGAGUGGAUUGAGACCAUGUGGCAAUGCAUCGAGGUUUCGGGAGAGCCCAAGUGUCUCUGCUUCUUCUUGUCCGUCAUGGUAUUUGGAAAUCUGGUGGUUUUGAAUUUGUUUCUGGCCCUGCUGCUGAGUUCUUUCAGCGCUGAUAACCUGACUGCCAAUGACGAUGACAAUGAAUUGAACAACCUACAGAGAGCUAUUGGCCGCAUCCAACGAGGUGUGGCCUUCAUCAAGGCCCUGCUGCGGAGGUCCCUCCAAAGUGUCUGCCACAGGAAGAGAGUUCCAGAACAUGCUCACAACAACAUAUCCUCUACCUCCAACCCCACUGUUGUGGUGUGGACCAAUGACCCAAACUGCAAGAAGGACUUAGAUGGAGUGGACCACAACAUAGUGGUGAAAUAUGUGGCAGACGGUGAAAGCGGAAACAUGUCCUUCAUCUGCAAUCUGAGCCACACUGUCAGUGUACCAAUGGCCUUUGAAGAGUCUGACACUGAAUACGACAACACGGAGGGGUCUGAUGUGGACGAUGGCAAAGAGAAGCUGGAACAACCAACGCUGAGUUCUUCUGAGGGCAGUACUGUGGAUAUCCCAAAUCUGGAGGAGAUUGGAGAGUCUAUGGUCUUUGAACCAGAGGACGCUAUGGAUCCAGAGCCCUGCUUUACUGAUGGCUGUGUUCGAAGAUUCCCUUGUUGUCAGGUAAAUUUAGAGAAAAGACCCUGGAAACAGUGGUGGACCCUGAGGAAGGCUUGUUAUAGGAUCGUUGAGCAUAACUGGUUUGAAUCCUUCAUCAUCUUCAUGAUCCUGUGCAGCAGCGGAGCUCUGGCAUUUGAAGAUAUUUACAUUGAACAGAGGAAGACCAUAAAGACUGUGUUGGAAUAUGCAGAUAAAGUUUUCACUUACAUAUUCAUUCUGGAAAUGUUGCUGAAGUGGGUGGCUUACGGAUUUGCCAAAUAUUUCACCAAUGCCUGGUGCUGGCUAGACUUCGCUAUUGUUGGUGUAUCUCUGGUCACAGGUAUUGCCAGUGCGAUGGGCCAGGCUCACCUAGUUGCCUUCAAAUCCCUGAGGACACUACGGGCACUAAGACCCUUGAGAGCACUGUCACGUUUUGAGGGCAUGAGGGUUGUGGUCAAUGCCCUUCUGGGUGCUAUUCCAUCCAUCAUGAACGUGCUUUUGGUAUGCCUCAUUUUUUGGCUCAUAUUUAGCAUAGUAGGAGUCAACCUGCUUGCCGGAAGGUUCUGGGAGUGUGUCAAUGCCACAACGACAGAACGGUUCUUUGUUGAUAAGACAGAGAAUAGCACAGCUUGUGAAAGACUGAAUGGUGGGGGAUGCUGGAGGAAUGUGAAGAUCAACUUUGAUAAUGUUCCAAAAGGCUACCUGGCUUUGUUACAAGUGGCAACUUUUAAAGGCUGGAUGGAUAUUAUGUAUGCAGCUGUGGAUUCGCGUGGUCUCCAUAAACAACCUGAAUUUGAAGCAAACAAGUACAUGUAUAUCUUUUUCGUCAUCUUCAUCAUCUUUGGAGCCUUCUUCACCCUGAACCUCUUUAUUGGUGUGAUUAUUGAUAACUUCAAUCAGCAGAAGAAAAAGAUAAGAGGACAGGAUAUCUUCAUGACAGAGGAGCAGAAGAAGUAUUACAAUGCCAUGAAGAAACUUGGAUCAAAGAAACCACAAAAACCAAUUCCCAGGCCAACAAACAAGUUCCAAGGAUUGAUUUUCGACUUUGUAACGAACCAGGCCUUUGACAUAGCCAUCAUGUUUCUUAUAACACUGAAUAUGGUCACUAUGAUGGUGGAGACUUAUGAACCAGAGGGAGAUGAUGAAACGACGAAGACGAAAGUCCUGUACUGGAUAAACGUGGUCUUCAUUGUGUUCUUCAGUUUGGAAUGUUUGUUGAAGAUGAUCUCUCUUCGCCAUUACUUCUUCACCAUUGGUUGGAACAUAUUUGACUUCAUCGUUGUGAUACUGUCUAUAAUAGGUAUAUUUCUUGCGGAAGUUAUCAAAAAAUAUUUUGUGUCACCAACCUUGUUCCGAGUCAUUCGGCUUGCACGAAUUGGACGCAUCCUCCGCCUCAUUAAGAGUGCUAAAGGAAUACGCACGCUUCUGUUUGCGUUGAUGAUGUCACUUCCUGCCUUAUUCAACAUUGGUCUGCUGCUAUUUCUUGUUAUGUUCAUCUAUGCCAUCUUUGGCAUGUCACAGCUGUCUAAAUUAAACAAGGAAGCAGGCAUUGAUGACAUGUUCAACUUUGAGACCUUUGGCAACAGCAUGAUCUGCCUGUUCCAGAUAACCACUUCAGGUGGCUGGGAUGGCCUGCUAUCACCCACGCUUGGCAUGGAAGUGCGAUACUGUAACACCACAGACGAAGCUGCACUUAGGAAUCCAUCCGUUGGGAUUGUCUUCUUUGUCAGUUACAUCAUUAUAUGUUUCUUGAUCGUGGUGAACAUGUAUAUUGCUGUAAUUCUUGAGAACUUCAGCGUGGCUACAGAGGAGAGUGCGGAACCGCUGGGUGAGGACGAUUUUGAGAUGUUCUACGAAGUCUGGGAGAGGUUUGAUCCCAAAGCCACACAGUUCAUAGAGUUCAGUAAACUGUCUAAUUUCGCCGACGCCCUGGAACCGCCUCUGCGCUUGCCCAAACCAAAUAACGUCCAGUUGAUUUCGAUGGAUUUACCCAUGGUCAGUGGGGAACGCAUCCACUGCCUCGACAUCCUUUUCGCUUUCACCAAACGUGUCCUGGGAGAAGGUGGCGAGAUGGAUGUCCUCCGAGGACAGAUGGAAGAAAGAUUCAUGGCCUCCAAUCCCUCCAAGGUUUCCUACGAACCAAUCACCUCAACGCUACGUCGCAAACAGGAGGACGUGUCUGCCUCCGUCAUCCAGAGAGCCUUCAAGAGGUACCUGAUGAUACAGAAAAUGAGACAGUUGUCCAACACAAGCAUGCACAAAGAAACCCAAAAGGGUGAGGAAAAGAGCCUGGACAAAGAGACUCUGGUAAUAGGCAACUUGAACAACAUCUCAGCAUCUACAGACAAAAUAGACACUACCCCUUCCACAGCAGGGGUGGUGUCCUCACAUGACGGUGUAUCAGAUCCUGACAAAGACAAGUAUGAAAAAGACACAAGUGAGAAAGAAGUCCAGAGGAAGGAUAGCAGAGACAGUGAAAAGUGA